UAACAUAUGAAAAGUGAACAAUGACAACCGCAACGGCUGCCGCACAGCCAUUUUGAAAAAUUAUUUUACGUGAAUAUCGUAAAACCUACCGACGCCAGUCGUAAUCGGUCUUUUUUUAAAUGAAAAUUCCGAGUUUUUUUAAAAAUUAAUUUGAGUUUAAAGUGUGUGUGAAAAGCUCAGAAACGAUUCAGAAUCAUUUAAAUGCCGAAAUCAUUUGGUGGAAUCGAACGCAACGACAACUGAAAACCAAAUAAAAAAAACACACUCAACAUAAAAAAAAAAUCUCUAACUAAACAAUCCAAUUACAGAUCGAAAGUUUGAUUUUGAAGCACGGAUGAUCAGCCAAAACCAAGAGCGAAAGAGCGAAAGAAAAAGAGAGAGAGAGAGAGAGCGAGCAAAUCUAAAGAUUGUUUUUCAUGUUGAAUUGAACGAAAGUGCGAGCGAAACCGUGAGCAAAAGAUACAAUUUGCAUAUAUGUGAGAAUAUAUCUGUUUGAGACAGUGAACAUUUUUUGUGAAUUAAGAAGAGCAAACGUUUGUUUGUGUGUUGCUCUUUAAAUUUUGUGAACGCCAAACUGUGUGAUCAAUCUCUAUAUCUCUCAUAGAAAAUAUACCUAUUUUCUCUCUCUCUUUGUGUAUCGAAUGAUCUGAGAAGUGGUGUUAUGAAAGAAAAAAACUCUGUGAAGAAUAUAUAUAUCUGCAUAUUCUGUGAAUACGGCAUUUGAGAGACGCAUUGAAUCACCUGUAUAAAAAGAGAGCAAAAGCGAGCGAGAGCGAGUAAGAGAGAUAAUAAGUACGAAAGAGCCGAGAGAGCGAAUUCAAGAAUUUUCCAAGUGAAUCUUUUUGUGCGAAAGAUAGAGAGUCCAAAAUGUCGUUGGAAUAUGUGCAGGUGGCUGAGGAAGAAGGAGAAGAGACAAUUGAAUUGCCUGGUGAAGAUGAUGGAACAUUGUUGCUGUCAACAUUGCAGGCACAAUUCCCGGGCACAUCGGGUUUGAAGUAUCGCAACUCGGUGAGCAAUGCCAUUCGUGGCAUUCGCUUGACUGAGGGACGACUGCAUCCACCGCAAGGUGAAGACGGCUGGGGAAAUCAAAUCUAUUUGUGUGUAUUCCCAAAGGACAAUUCAGUGGCUGAGAACAAGCGUAAACGCGAUGACACACUCGAGAAUUCAACGGCCAAAACGAAGCGCAUUGAGAGCCGCUUGAAAUGCACUGAUUUGAUUGUACUUGGAUUGCCAUGGAAAACGAGCGAGGAAAGCUUGAAAGAGUACUUCAGCACAAUCGGCGAAGUGUUGAUGGUACAAAUCAAGAAGGAUUUACGUACCGGUCAAUCCAAGGGUUUUGGAUUUAUUCGAUUUGCAUCGUAUGAGGGACAAAUGAAAGCCCUUUCAUCGAGACACUUCAUUGAUGGCCGUUGGUGUGACGUUAAAGUGCCCAGCUCAAAGGAGGGAACAAUUCAGCAUUUGCCAUGCAAAGUGUUUGUCGGUCGUUGUACCGAAGAUCUCACAGCUGAGGACCUUAAAGACUACUUCUCAAAAUUUGGCGAGGUCACCGAUGUUUUCAUCCCGAAACCAUUUAGGGCAUUCAGCUUCGUCACCUUCUUAGACCCCGAAGUGGCGCAAUCGCUGUGCGGUGAAGAUCACAUCGUUAAAGGCAAUUCGGUCUUUGUGUCGACAGCUGCCCCAAAAUCGCAAGACAACAAACACUAUCAUCACAACAGUUCCAGCAGCAGCAGUGGUGGUGGUGGUGGCGGUGGCGGCGGUGGUGGCAGUAACAGCGGAUCGCAUUACUCGCACCGUGGAGGGAGUUCAAACCAUCAGAAUCACGAUAUGAACUAUCAGGGAAGCAGUAGCAGUGGCGGCAGCAGUCGAAAUAAUUACAACAACAUGCCACCGUCUGGUCCAAUGCAUCACAGCAACAAUUGGAAUCAAAACCGUGGAAAUAUCGACAUGCCAAACCUGCAAUCCCUCGGGAUCAACCCAAACGGACAAAAUGGACCACCUAAUCAGGGUGGUAUGAAUAUGAAUCCGUUGCCAAUAAGUCCAGCAAUUGUGGCUGCGCUCAAUCAAUGGGGCCUCAUUGGGAACAUGAAUCAAAACCCAGAUCAGAAAUAUGACAACUAUAAAGGCGGAAAUCAACCUUGGUCACGGAAUAAUGGACCAUCACAAGACAACCACAAACCACAUUUCCUUUAAAUCGCAUUCAACUGCAUCCAAACGUCAUUUUUCAUGAUUUUAAUUAGGUGUUAGCCAACCAACCAACAAAUCAAUUCGUUUUGUUGUUUUGUUUUGUGUAUUCUUUUGUUUCAACAGAAGCAUCAACCGAAUUUUUUUUUCUGUUCAUCCAAAAUCAUCUUCAUCCAAACCAUAAAUUAUCACUACAGGAAUAAAAACCGAUAUGUAUGAUAGAGACGUGUCUGCCAACCGUCUGAUUGUAGAGAGAUAUACAUUAAUGAAUGUUUAAUCACAAGUCUUCGUAACGCACGGGAUACGAAAUCAAUUUUUUUUUUUUUGCAUAUUCAUGAGAAAGAUUCUUCUUUCCAGAGAGAAAGAAAUUCUACACAAUUUUAUCGUUUAGUUAGUAAGCUAAAUAAUUAAGAUAUGCAUGUGGCUACACAUACACACAAGACAUACACACUAAAUUAAAACGGAAUAAAUGCUUAGAGGCAACAACUAUGCAAAAUUUGUAAAUUGUCAAAAGAAAUCUCUCAUCCUUCAAUUGAGAUAGUUGUAUUUAAUAAAAUAAACUGAUACAUGUGCGAAUUGAAAAGUAA